AUGCUACAUGGAUGCACUGCCAGGUACCAGGGCUACGAAAUUGGUACCGGAGAAUUGGAGAACGAGAAUUGGGCCCUUCGGAUUCGGAAGAUUCAACGACGUCUCUUAAAGGCAACUCGGGUCGCGGCCAGUGUGGAGAACAGAGUUAUCAUUUUAAACUCCAUCGUCCAACCUGCUAAGCUCUUUACAUCGAGCGUUUUCGAAAUACCGCUGAGGGCUGAAAAGGAGCUGCACAAUCUGUACAAGCAAUUUUUGUGGGCCCACGCUACUUCGACGGACGCACGGCGCCAUAAGGUUAACCCGGGGUAA